UUACUUGCGUAACUGUGAAAAUGACAACAGGUAAGACCACCCUCUUUACAAAAUCCUCCAUCAUAGCCAAAUUCCACUCUUGCUGCAGACAAGGACACUACAGGACAUCAGGAGACUGGAGGAGGCACAGACACCAUGGCAACUACCUCAACUCAGAAUGUGGAGUUUGUGCGGACCGGCUAUGGCAAGAAUCUGGUCAAGGUGCUGUUCAUCAGACGAAAGGGAACUCACCACUACAUCACUGAGCUGACGGCUAAUGUGGAGCUCACCCUCAAGUCCCGCAAGGACUACUUGACCGGUGACAACUCGGACAUCAUCCCUACUGACACUGUCAAGAACACUGUCCAUGCACUGGCUAAGCUGAAGGGAGUUUUGACCAUAGAGCAGUUCGCCAUGGACAUCAGCAAACAUUUCCUGACAUCUUUCAAACAUGUGACCAGGGUAAACGUGAAGAUUGAGGAGGCACCAUGGAGGAGACUGGAGAAGAAUGGUGUCGAGCAUGUACAUGCAUUCAUCUACAGCCCUGAAUCCUGGCGCUUCUGUGAAGUCGAACAGAAUCAUAAUGAGAGCCCUAUUCUUCACAGUGGCGUGAAAAACAUGAAGGUGCUGAAGACCACUCAGUCUGGCUUCGAGGGCUUCUUCCGAGACCGCUUCACCACUCUACAGGAGGCCAAGGACAGGUGUUUCUGUACCUCUGUCUACGCCAGGUGGCGCUACAACAAGGUCCAAAAUGUCAACUUUGACAGUGCAUGGAACUGUGUCAAGGAGACAAUAAUUGAGAAGUUUGCUGGCCCAUACGAUCGUGGAGAGUACUCUCCCUCUGUGCAGAAAACCCUCUACGACACACAGGUCAUAGUCCUGGAUAGGGUGCCUGAGAUUGAAGAGAUUGAGAUAGUCAUGCCUAACCAACAUUAUUUCACCAUUGACAUGACGAAAAUGGGUCUCACCAAUAACAAUGAAGUUCUUCUGCCAUUGGACAAUCCUUCAGGGAACAUCAUGGGCACAGUACGCAGGAAGCUGCAAGCAAAGCUAUGAAAAGGAACACAAAGCUACCCGAAAAUACUUUAAUCACAGUGAGAACAAAAUGAUAAUUAAUGUCCCAUCGGUUAAGGUCUCUCCAAACACAACAUACUGAUCAAUCUACAAGGUUGUGUUCAUUAGGCACGAAACGGAAAGAAAAACAAACUGAAACGGGGAGGCCUAAACUGUCCGCUGUUGCAAAUGUAUUUACAUUGCGUGCCCGUUAAGUGAAGUAAAACAUGUACAAAGCUGUAUCCUUGCUAACAAUUUUACUUCCCUGAAAUUACAAACAGACAAGUUUGUUCAUGUUCUCCAAUUAAGAAUUUCAAGUGUAGAAAGUGAUUCACCCCACAUGGUAAAACUUAUCCUAAAGACGAGUCAAGGUGAAACUUUUGGUUUACACUAAUUGCAAUUGUUGCCCUUAAGCCAUUUUACCACAACUUUGGAAGUAUGCUUGGGGUCAUUGUCUAUUUGGAAGACCCAUUUGCGACCAAGCUUUAACUGAUUCCUUGAGACUGAUUCCUUGAGAUGUUGCCCCAUUUUCCUCCCUCAUGAUGCGAUCUAUUUUGUGAAGUGCACCAGUCCCUCCUGCAGCAAAGCACCCCCACAACAUGAUGCUGCCACCCCCGUGCAUCCCGGUUGGGAUGGUGUUUUUUCGGCUUGCAAGCCUCCCCCUUUUUCCUCCUAACAUAACAAUGGUCAUUAUGGCCAAACAGUUCUAUUUUUGUUUCAUCAGACCAGAGGACAUUUCUCCAAAAAGUACAAUCUUUGUCCCCAUGUGCAGUUGCAAACCGUAGUUAGGGUUUUUUAUGAUGGUUUUGGAGCAGUCGCAUCUUCCUUGCUGAGCGGACUUUCAGGUUAUGUCGAUAUAGGACUCGUUUAACUGUGGACAUAGAUACUUUUGUACCUGUUUCCUCCAGCAUCUUCACAAGGUCCUUUGCUGUUGUUCUGGGAUUGAUGUGCAUUUUUCGCACCAAAGUAAGUUAUAAGUGAGGUAAUGAGUUAUAAGUGAGGUAAUCUGUCUGUAACAAACAAAGUAGAUGUCCUAACCGACUUGCCAAAACUAUAGUUUGUUAACAAGAAAUUUGUGGAGUGGUUGAAAAACAAGUUUUAGAGACUCCAACCUAAGUGUAUGUACACUUCCGACUUCAACUGUAUAACAAAUGUAUAUAGUUUCUGCUCGGUAUGUAAUUGUUUGGAUUGUUGUAACACAGGGCACCAUUGAAAAAGAGACCUUGUUCUAAAUUGUGAUUUUCUGUAUCAAUAAAGGUACAAAGAAAAAGGAGUGCACAAUCAUGGCAACACACUCUUUGAAAUAAACAUGUUUGAUAAAUAUAAUAAAUCUAUGUAGAAAAUAAAGACCUGCAAUAUUUAGCAGGUGCAUAGCAUUUACCGCUACAACAUAUUUCAAUUGGAGUUUAAAUGGCAAAAUCAAAGUAAUGUAGCUAACUACUACAGAAAAAAUACAGCUGUUGAAUAAACAAAUCAACUACCACAUUUUUACUGAGUAAAAAUAAUGCUUUAGCAGGUUUAAUCAAUCUGAAAAUACAAUAUAAUCAUUCAGGUCUGAACUGUGAAUUGAAAAGAAAUAUCUGACUGUAUAGGCUAACAAAUAAACUGGAUUACGUUAACUCCCAACAUGAAAACAAUUGUGGAUGCAAUCAUUGUUUUAAGAAACUUUAAAAGAGCAUCUACUCAUCUAAUAAAGCUAGGCGAUGAACAGACAA